AUGGAGGUGACGCUUUCGGACACAAUCGGCCUUCCCCAGGGAACCUUGCUCUCCAUCCGAGUGGGCUCCACGCGCAGGCAGGCGGUUGUAGACUCGAAGUUCAAGCUGGUCUUCCCCAAGGGCUGCAAGCACGGGGAGGACGUCAAGGUGGACGCCCUGCAGCAGAUUGGAAGCAACAUGAUGAAGUACAACGAGAGUGUCGGCCGCUAUGACCUGGAUUUGGACGACUUCGGCUCGAAGGUGUCCUUGCACAUGCGAGAAGUCAUCCAACCUGCAACGGAGCAGGAGGUCAGCGCCGCACCCGAGGCCGCCAAGGUCGACGACAGCUCGGUCAGUCAUCGCCACCGAGUGGCAGUGUAUGCCCGGAAGUACUUGGAUGAGCACAAGCUCCUCACCUGGGCCCACAAGCUGUUUCAGGACUUGAUCCACGACCAGCCGGCGGAUCCCUGGGGCUACAUCGACAAGCGCUCGGCAGAGGCGAGGGGCGAAGCGGAGCUCGCGGCAAAGGCCGAGGCCGAGAGGAAGCUGGCUCAGGCAGACAUGGAGGACAUCCGCCAGCGCACCGCAACGCAGCUUCAGCAGGCUGCGGAGGACGGCAGCCUCGAGAACGCCCUGAGCCAUUCUCAGGAGGCGCCGGAGCUGCCUCCCAUGUCGAAAGAGCUGGAAGAGAUCACCGACUCCCAGGAGGUUGCGCACAUGAAGACGGAAGAGGAGGACUUGGACAACCUUCGCCUGAAGACCCAGGCUGCUUUGUUUCGUGCUGCCGAGGAUGGAUCCUUGCAGGAAGUCUUGGGGAGCAAGGCCAGCCAGCCUGCAGCCGCAGCCACAGCCAAAGAUGUGGACGUUCUCCGCCUCCACGCUGCGCAGAUGCUCUUGAGUGCCGCAGAGGACGGUUCCCUGGAGAAGGCCCUCAUCGACGCCUCCAAGGACACCAAGGACGUCGAUCUGCUGCGGCAGGAGGCGGCGGCCACGCUUCUGCGAGCUGCUGAAGAUGGAACUCUUGAGUCGGUCUUGAGCAAGAACCAAGCGCCCAAGGAUGACCUCGAGUCCCUGCGCCAG